GUUUGGUUACCUGUUUUGGAAACAGUUUUCUGUUUCCAAAACAGUAAAACAUGUUUUGGUAUCAGCGUGCGCGUUUGGGUUGUUGUUUUUAAAACAAAAACAAGCAAAACAAAAAACACCAAAAAACACGAAAUUAGGAAACAAGUCUAACAUGUUUUCACGAAACUGUUCUUAUUUUUUCAGAAAAGGCGCGCGGAACAACUCAACGUAAUUGUUCUCAUUUUAAGUGCACAGUGCCAAGGCCACCGUUCGAACCACCUCACGCUCUGUUUUAGUUUUCUCAAUCUUCAUUCUUCACGCGUCUUCGUUGAUCUUCACAAAUCACGCCUGCUUUUACUUUCCAUCUUCACGCUUGCCUUCACUGCACCUUUCUCUUCAGAUCACUCUUUCACCAACCUCUUCAAUUCCUGCAUCUACCCCAUAACCUGGCCAUCGCAUCAUCUUCAAUUUUGGCUUUGAAUUUGUGUUUCCUUCCAUCCCAACUAACUCUACCAACCUCUGUUCUUCAGUAAUUUCCUUCAUGAGUUUUGUGUUAUAAAAAUGCCUUAAUGUGUUGGAAAAGAAGAUCUGAUUAUAGAAGAGAUAUUUGUGCCUCAUUUGUCAAAACGGCUCCAAUCACAAGAUCGAAGAAGGAUCUAUGUAUAUAUAUCCUUUAUUUUUCUUAUAAGCUUUGUGGGUUCUUGAUUCAUGAAUAAGGUGCAGAAAUCUGGUCGGUUUCACGUGUUGCUGAUCCAUGCCCUGCAAAUUUGAAGGAGGGUUGGGUCGAUUGAAAUUGCUAGUGGAGGAAGAAAAAGAGAGGAACUGGAGAGGAAGGAGGGUUGAGAGAUGUCAUCAAAAUCGACUAGGAGCAGUUCUUGUACAAGACAUGGGGCCCGUGUGGUUGUACAGACCCCCAUCAAUGCAAAGCUUCAAGGAGAAUUUGAAGAAUCCAAAGGGUUGUUUGAUUACUCCACUUCAAUUGACUUCAAUAUCCGAAGGUUUAAGUACUGAUAGCCUUAUGGACGCUGGCUACCCAGGUGCUUCAGACCUCGGAGGUGAAGUUUGUGGGAUGGCAGCUGUUAGGAUUACUUCAAAGGAUUUCCUGUUUUGGUUCGGUCACACUGCGAAUGAAAUCAAGUGGGGUGGUGCGAAAAAUGACCCUGAUGACAAGGAUGAUGGAAGAAAGAUGCACCCCAGGUCAUCGUUCAAGGCUUUUCUGGAGGUGGUAAAGCAUCGGUGCCUACCUUGGGAAGAUGUGGAAAUGGAUGCCAUCCAUUCCUUACAGCUGAUACUGAUGGGAUCUUUACAAGAUUAGAUUGUGGAGGAUGAGUCCAAAAUUAUCGUAAAUGUUCCAUCAGUUGAUGACAGUAUACAGAGAGUGGAUAAAUUGCGCAUCGUCACAAUGUCCCAGUCAAUGCAUGUAGGAUAUACGGAAAACUACAGUUAUACAUCCAAUUUUCUUUUACUAGUAAUAUGAUUUAGUUUUUGUAUGUAAGAACUAUGUACCAGGUUUAUAGAA